AUGGCGACUGACCCCUACGCUGGCGCUUCCGAAGUCGAAACUACGAGCAGGUCCACGUCCGUAGAUCGUGGUGCUUCUAGUGUGGCCGAGGAAGCCGUGCCGGGUGUACAUUCCGGGAGAAUUGACGAUGAGGAGGUGGAGGACGUGUUGAGAAUGCUGGAGGAGGAGGCCGGAGUCAUAGCAGCGGAUGCGCCGGCUGGUGAGCACAUGGGACUGACGGAGAGCAAAUUGGGGGAGUUGGGGAGCGGUGGGCAGGCAGCAGAGGAGGGGAGAGAGAGCAGCAAAGAGCCGGCAGGGGCGGGGGAAUGGGGAGGGCUCGACUCGAUGUUUGACCCGGAUGUGCUGGCGAGCUUUGAAGAGGAUCUGAGGAGGGAGUGGGAGUACAGAGUCUCGUUGGCGGAGCUGGUGGAGCAGGAGGAGGAGGAGCUGGACAGAGAGGCGCGGCGGCAGCAGGCGGGUGUGGGUGAGGAGCAGAAUGAGCAGCCUGACCAGGAGGCACGGACACGACAGUGUGAGGAGGAUGAGGAGAAAGAGCAAAUGCAGCAGCAGCAGCAGGAGAGGGAGCAGCAGCGGGAGGAGCGACGGCUGGAGUCAGCAAAAAUAAACCCUGCGGUUCGGGUUCCAAGGAGGACUAUAUCAGGCAUGAGCGUCACUUCAGAUGGAGGUAUUAUCUUCGAUGGGUUUGAGGAUUUCCUCGUGGAAGCAGAGGAAGAAGAGGCAGCUUUCCUGGGACAGCAGCAGAUGUUUAAGUCGGACAGCAAUCAAGAGCCAGCACAGGUCCAUCAAUCGGUCAGGGCAGGAAGUGAAGCAGGCGAUGGGUUGGGAUGGGUGGGUGAUACGCAGGAAGCAGGAUAUGAGGAGGAUUCUCUGUUUGAUCCGGAGCUCCUAGCCACCAUGGAGGCGGUUUUCCACCAGCAUGAUCCCGCUGACUGGCGCCGCCUCACCCCCUUGUCCAGUCCCAUGCGCCAUGGACCCAACUCUCCUGCACCCAAUUCCCCUGCGCCCAACUCGCCUGGAGCUUCCGUCUUCGCUCCUGGCUCGCCUGCCGCUGCAGUUGACGCCAUGGCUGCAGCUGUGGGCAGGAUGAGAAUUCCAGCUCGGGCAGGGCAGAGUCCUCGGCGAGGCAAGCCGCCGUUGCAGAGUCCGAGGGCUCGGCUGACUAGUCCUCGCCCCCAGGCUCCUAGCCCACGCAGGUCCUUUAGCAGCAUGAGUCCCCGCAGAGGGGGGACGGGCGAGAGUGCUCGUAGGGUAUCAACAGGCGAGAUUCCUCAUGGUGCUGUGGGGAGGGACUGGCAAAGGAUGGGGAGUCUUGGAGGGCCCAUGAGCCGAGUGCUGGGCGCUCUGCUGAGGCUGGAUCCAGAACUGAGGGAACAGGAGCUGAAGCAGCUGAUGUGGCAAUAA